AUGGCGGGAAACUCCUGGUUGGCUAUUUCACAGCUCAACUUUGCGUCGCGAUUCCAGCAUCCAAACCUGAAAGCAAUUGCCCCUUGGGAAGGGUUGACGGAUCUCUACGCUCAUCAGAUAUGCCGUGGAGGAAUCCCGAAACCAGCAUUUUUUGAAUUGAUCCUCCAUGGGUCUACAGGAGUUGGAAAGGCAGAGAAUAUCGGUGCCAUGGUAAAUUCUCGCCCAUUGUUUGACGAUUACUGGGAAGAAAAGAGAAUCAAACCGGAAGAUAUCAAGGACAUUCCGAUGUAUCUGACAGCGUCCUACUCGACCGGUCUACACUGUGAAGGCUCCUUCAGAGCAUUUGAACUAGCACAGGCAUCUAGAAAAUGGCUCCGCGUGCACUCGACGCAAGAGUGGCAUGAUCUAUACAGGCCAGAAGCUACAGAUGAUCUGCAGCGCUUCUAUGAUUACUACGCUAAAGGUAUUCAAAACGGCUGGGAAGCGGAAACGCCCCGUGUGCGCCUGAGCCUAUUAGGGUACGAUGGUAGUAUAACGAAAACAAUUGUUGAGCGCCCUGAAGAGCAGUGGCCUCCAGCACGGCAACACAUCCGUCGCUAUUAUUUGGACGCUGCAACUCAAUCCUUUAGUGCAGUCAAGCCUGUUAACUCUGCCAGCAUUACGCAUGAAGGGCAUUCAUUGACGGCUUCCUCGGUCAUGGUGUAG